AUAUAACUAUCCCUGGGAGUCACCUAACUCUCUGACACGGAGCCAUUGCUGACAGCCAGUUGCCAUGCAAUUCCCGCGACGCUCAGAUCUGACAUUAAUGCAGCCCUUAAUGCCACAACUGUUUCCUUUCCUUCAGUUCCUCCAUAAAUAGCACACCACCUUUAGCGUUUGCUCAACACUCAGAUUCCAGCUUCUGUAGAUUACAGUACUAUACUUAAUUGCUUAUUCGAAAUGGCAGUGAGGUGGAAUAUAACAGUAGUUGCACUAGUUGUAAUGCUUGUGCAUGCAACGAAUGCACGUAAUGUACCAAGCGAGAAUGUCGUUGGUGUUUCCAGCAAGAGGCCUGGUGGUUCUGGUUUGGAGGAUGAAAAGAAUUUCAUUGCUUAUGGUGGUGUUGGUGGCAUAGCUGGUGCUGGUGCAGCGGGUGGUAUCGGUGGACUUGGCGGUGGCGUUGGGGGAAUAGGUGGUGUUGGUGGCUUAGGUGGAGUGGGAGGUGGUGUAGGCUGCUUAGGUGGAGUAGGAGGUGGUGUAGGAGGUUUGGGUGGCGUAGGUGGUGGUGCAGGUGGUUUAGGUGGUGGUAUUGGUGGCUUGGAUGGCGGGGCUGGUGGUUUAGGAGGUAUCGGUGGAGGUUCCGGUGUUGGUACCGGUGUGGGUGGAGGGAUCGGAGGAGGUUCCGGUGUUGGUGGAGGGAUCGGAGGAGGUUCCGGUGUUGGUGGAGGCGUGGGAGGAGGUGCUGGUGGCGGUGUUGGAGGUGGAGCUGGUGGAGGUGCAGGGGGAGGUUAUGGUGGAGCUGUUGGUGGCGGAGCUUAAACCUAAUAUUGUAUCUUGCUGUUAUACAUUAUAGUACUGUAGUGUUGGAGUAAAAUAUGGUGCAUUUUCAAAUAUUUGUAGCAACUUUGUUCAGUUUACAUGCAUGUGUAAGCAUGUGAAGAGUAGUGUAUACACUACUCUUUGUGGCUUGAAAUAUGAUGAUGGUUUUGUUUUUAA